GCACUUUACCCCGCUCUCAUUGCUUCGCUCUCACUCUCAGCCCCAAGGUGAUUGUUCUUUUUUUCUCUUAAUUAUCUCUAUUUACUGCUCAUAUAUAUAAUUUAAUGAUUUGUUAAUUCCUCAAUCAUCGAACUUAAUCAUUGAUUAACGAAUUAUUAUACUAAAUUAUACUAUUGGGUUUUGAAUGAUUGCGAUGAUCUCGAUGCUACACUGAAACAAUUUAAAAGUCGUUGUUAGUUGAUGUGCAAUUUUCAAUUUUGUUUGUGUCUUCGUUUUCAACGAGGCUUUGGUUGAAUUUCUUGGAGAUGGAAGAAAUGUUGUAAAUAUUUUAAUUAAAUUUCUUGUAUUUAUUGGAUUUUUUGUGUUUGUUUAUAUGUAUAAGAAGAUAAUUUUGGUAGGUGGUGAAAGAAAUAUUAUUUUAUCCGUCUUGGUUUUUCUGAAUUAGAAAGUUUGCCAUCUAUACAAAUGAAUAAUUUGUAUAUAAUUGCUUGAGAGUUUGUCUCUCAGUUCCUGAGGAAGGUUGUAAAGGUAUAUAUAUACACACACAUAUAUAUCUAUAUGCAUAUGUGUGUUUUUGUGGGUUCAUUCUACUAUAGAAAACUUUAAGAAGUGACACAACUGUAGACUUUGAGAGAAAGUUUUGUUUCUUGUUUAUUUGGUUUCAGAAUUAAUCUGGAAAGAUGGCAGACGAAAAGAUUGGAAUUGCCAAGGAUGUUACUGAAUUGAUUGGUAAAACCCCAUUGGUAUUUCUCAACCAUGUUGUGGAUGGUUGUGUUGCACGUAUUGCGGCCAAGCUUGAAAUGAUGGAGCCAUGCUCUAGUGUUAAAGACAGGAUUGGUUAUAGUAUGAUUGCAGAUGCUGAGGAAAAGGGCCUUAUCAAACCAGGAGAGAGUGUACUCAUUGAGCCAACGAGUGGUAACACUGGCAUAGGCUUGGCAUUCAUGGCAGCAGCUAAGGGUUACAAACUUAUCAUUACAAUGCCAGCUUCGAUGAGUCUUGAAAGAAGAAUUAUUCUCCGUGCUUUUGGUGCUGAGUUGGUGCUCACAGAUCCAGCUAAGGGAAUGAUAGGUGCGGUUCGAAAAGCAGAAGAGAUAUUGGCUAAGACACCCAAUGCCUAUAUACUUCAGCAGUUUGACAACCCUGCCAACCCAAAGAUACAUUAUGAAACCACUGGACCGGAGAUCUGGAAAGGUUCAAAUGGGAAAAUUGAUGCAUUUGUUUCUGGUAUUGGUACGGGGGGUACAAUAACCGGAGCAGGCCAAUUCCUUAAAGAGCAGAAUCCUGACAUAAAGCUGUAUGGUGUGGAACCAGCUGAAAGUCAUGUUUUAACUGGAGGAAAGCCUGGUCCACAUAAGAUCCAGGGAAUUGGUGCUGGUUUUGUUCCUGCUGUUUUGCAAGUCGAUAUCGUUGACGAAGUUAUUCAGGUUUCGAGUGAUGAAGCCAUAGAAACUGCAAAGCUCCUUGCACUGAAAGAAGGUUUGCUGGUGGGGAUAUCAUCUGGUGCUGCAGCUGCAGCUGCUAUUAGGAUCGCAAAGAAGCCUGAAAAUGCCGGAAAACUUAUUGUUGUGGUUUUUCCAAGCUUUGGGGAGCGGUAUCUAUCCUCUGUCCUGUUUGAAUCACGCCGGCGAUCACUGACCACCAAAGCGGCCAUAGCAGCUCCGACGACUUCCAGAAUCAUGGCUGGCAAAUUUGAAGGUGAGGAACCAAUAAAUGAGCAAGCGGUCGCCAACAUGUAUGGUGCCAUGAGGGCGGAAAUCGACCAAAUUUACUCGAAAAUUACUGAACUAGAGAUGGAAGUUAGUGAGCACUCUUUGGUGAUUAGUGCCAUACAACCACUUGAUCCAUCAAGGCGGUGCUACCGGAUGAUUGGAGGUGUGCUUGUGGAGAGAACCAUCAAAGAGGUCUUACCAGCUGUUCAGCGCAAUAAGGAGGGGCUUGAAGAGGUUAUUGCUCGGCUUAACGAGGCCUUGGAAAAGAAGAAAAAAGAAAUGAAUGAAUUUGAAGCUAAAUACAAAAUUAGGAUCAGAAAAGCUGAUGAUGAAGUGAUGAAUGAGAAUGGCAGAAAGGAAGGGUCUGCACAGGGAGUCCUUGUCGGUCCUGCUGGUGCAAAUGAAUAGAUCGAUGUUGUGUUGUUUGAGUUCGUUUACAUGUAAUUGUCUUCAACGUGGUAAAUGAGAGUAAUGUAGAUGAAUUAUGAGUGCUUAGGCUUUGUAUUGUUGAAUCACUACAUGUUUAUAGUUCACUGUUGCACUAUGGUCACCUUUUCAUUUUGUGAAUUUCUGUUUCCAUUUGAUCAAUAGUAGAACCUGUAAGAUAUGAUUUAGUAAGUUCAAGGAAGCACCAAGGAAAAUGUAAGAUAUGAUUUAGUAAGUUCAAGGAAGCACCAAGG